AUGUCAAGGUUGACACGGAUCAUCUCGCUGAAAGGCAAAGCGGCCAAGGUUGACGGUCACCACUGCAAAACCGCCAACUUGACGGCGAAAGUCAAAUUUGGCAUCGCCACAGCACUCGCGGAUCGCCGCCACAACACGAAUGGAACGGGCUGCCAGCUGGAACACGUUGAAGUGCGCACCGCCGUCUUUGGAUCGGAUCGGGUCCGUAGGACCAGCUCCACCGUCAGGCUCUUGUCGGCCACAGCGACUUCGAACAACAAACUCUGA